CGGGUCAGGCUCAGCCCACUCGCGAGUCGCCCUCGCACCUCUCCCUGUUCUCUUCUCCCUCGACACGCCGCCGCAAAAUCUCGCGGCAGCCCCUCUCUCUCUCUCUCUCGCCCUCGAGGCUCCGGUUCCUUGCUCCAUGGCGGACGGCGACAGUGCGGCGGUGCUGGGGAAGCUCACGGAGCUACCCGCGAGCGUAGAGGAGAAGGGGCCUCCCAUCAGGGGCAAGGCUUUGUCAGGAAGGACAUUAAACACCGCACAGAUUCCGCUUGUCGCGAGCCAUCCAGAGGUGUAUGAGCCAUGUGAUGAUUCCUUUGCCCUUGUUGAUGCACUACUCUCAGAUAAAGCACAACUUUUGACACUACAGCCGAGGUUAUGUAUGGAGGUGGGGUGUGGGAGUGGUUAUGUCAUCACCUCUCUUGCAAUCAUGCUCAGGCAAUUGGGCUCUGGAACCCAGUACCUAGCAACUGACAUCAACCAACAUGCUGUCGAGACAACUCAAGUGACCCUUGAAGCCCAUGGCGUGCACGCAGAUCUGAUUGCUACUGAUAUCGUGUCAGGUCUUGAAAAACAUCUGGCUGGUAUGGUUGAUGUGGUAGUUGUUAAUCCUCCUUAUGUGCCAACACCUCAGGAAGAAAUUGGGUGCAAGGGCAUUACAUCGUCUUGGGCUGGAGGGUUGAAUGGGCGCCAAGUGAUAGAUAGGAUUCUUCCUGCUGUGCAUGAGGUGCUAUCAGAAAGAGGGUGGCUGUACAUGAUAGCCCUAGAAGACAAUGAUCCUUUGGAUAUAUGUCAUUUGAUGAGCGAGAUGGGGUAUGCAUCACGUGUUGUCUUGAAGAGAUGUACUGAGGAGGAGAGCCUUUAUGUUCUCAAGUUUUGGCGAGAUGCUCACGCUGGUACAAAUGCUUCUCCUAAAUCUUCAGGCUCUGAGUCGUGGUUUUCUCAGUUGCCUUUCAGAUCCCUUUGGCACAAGAGUUCAUAGCAGUUCUCGGCCUCAUCAAUUUCAAGUCUUUAAAAUAUAGCUAGAAAUCCUUCACAAAAUUGAGAUGGCAGUAUCUCAAGAUGUGUUUGAAAGAGAUGUUACUGGUUGGUUUAAGGCCCGAACCAAACAGGACCUUAGCACACAAAGUACCAAACAUUCUUAUUUUGGUAGCUGAAAUUGUCAUCUUACGUUCCUGUCGUGUGUGUAUAUGCUAGUAUGGAUUCUUAUCUCCUGCAUUUGUAAUUUCUGUUUCCGUAUGGAUUUACUGCUUUUAGUUCAUUAUAUCAAUAUUAGAGGAAAAGAAUAUUUGGACAGUUUCUUGAACGGUGCAAGAUCAGUUACAGAAAUAACA